AAACCCUCUAGCAAACUUGGGAAGACUUGGAGAGUGAAGCCGUGAAGGAGACGACUGCAACUUGUGACUCAUCUUCUCAGUAUAAUUGGUGAUACAGCGGCAGAUCCGGCGGCCAUAUCCGCGAUCGCAAACGGCCCAUAUAUCGAGAAUACAUUUUGGUCCAUAGCCUGACGAGGCUUAUUUGAGGGGCCAUUGCCCAGCUAAUCGGCUGAUUCUUGAAUUUUUCUCCAGAUCACUGUAUUAGCAGGCGCACAAAAAGUGAAAAAGAUGGGGAGAACAACGACAUCAAAGGAUGCCCAAGCACUUUUUCAUUCUCUUCGCUCUGCGUAUGUGGCAACCCCCGCUAAUCUCAAGAUCAUCGAUUUGUAUAUUAUAUUUGCAGUUGUCACUGCUGUAAUUCAGGUUGUUUACAUGGCUAUUGUUGGAUCAUUCCCUUUCAACUCCUUUCUUUCUGGGGUACUUUCGUGUGUCGGGACUGCAGUUCUUGCUGUUUGUCUACGUAUACAAGUGAACAAAGAAAACAGGGAAUUCAAGGAUUUACCUCCAGAACGUGCAUUUGCAGAUUUUGUUCUCUGCAAUUUGGUGCUUCACUUGGUUAUCAUGAACUUCCUUGGAUAAGAUUGUCACUUGAGAAACGAAUAAUCGGUUUCUAGUUUUGAUAAUUAGGCUAGAAACAAAGUUGGCAUUUACAAGAAAACAUGAAAAUUGUCUGUUUAUGAAUCAACAGAACUUAAUCAAUCAACUGUUUUGUCUGUGUUGUUAAAUGACAUUUGCUUAUAUUCUUGGACUGA